CCGGCGGGCCGAGCGAGGCGCCGCAGCCGCCGCCGCUGUGGGCUAGGCGCGCUCGGGCGUUUCGGGGCUGCGCUGGGUGUGUGUGUGUGUGUGGUGGUAGGGGACGAGGGCGGGAGUCCUCCCGCUCGCCCGGGGUCGGGGAGCCCCCCGUGAUCAUGUCGCUGUGGCAGCGCCUGGCCCAGCUGGCCUGCCGCCUGCAGGAGCCGCAGAAAGUGGCCCGUUUCCAGCGGCUGUGCGGGGUGGAAGCGCCGCCGAGCCGCUCCCCGGAGGCGCGGGAGGAUGAGGACGCGGAGGCGCCCCUCGCCGCAGACCAGCUCGGGCGGCGGGGACGGCAGUCGGCGGCUCCGGGAGGUCCCCAGCCGCCCGGGGGCGAGCGCAAUCAGUGCCGUGCCAAGGCGGACGGAGGCGGCGGCGGCGCCCCCAACGGCGUGCGCAACGGGCUGGCGGCCGAGCGGGGCCCGGCGGGGGCUGCACCGCGGCGCGCCGGUUCCCUGCGCCGCAACUCGCUCACGGGGGAGGAGGGCGAGCUGGUCCGCGUGAGCAACUGGCCGCUCUACUACCUGUUCUGGUUCGGCACGGAGCUGGGCAACGAGCUCUUCUACAUCCUCUUCUUCCCCUUCUGGAUCUGGAACCUGGACCCGCUGGUGGGCCGGCGGCUGGUGAUCAUCUGGGUGCUGGUCAUGUACCUGGGCCAGUGUACCAAGGACAUCAUCCGCUGGCCGCGGCCCGCCUCGCCGCCCGUGGUCAAGUUGGAGGUCUUCUACAACUCCGAGUACAGCAUGCCCUCCACGCACGCCAUGUCCGGCACCGCCAUCCCCAUCGCCAUGGUGCUGCUCACCUACGGCCGCUGGCAGUAUCCUCUUCUAUAUGGACUGAUUCUUAUCCCCUGCUGGAGCUCUCUAGUUUGCAUAAGUCGCAUUUACAUGGGAAUGCACUCCAUUCUGGACAUUAUCGCUGGCUUCCUGUAUACCAUUCUAAUCCUAGCUGUGUUCUAUCCAUUCGUGGACACCAUUGACCACUUCAACCAAACGCACAGAUACGCUCCGCUCACCAUCAUCGGGCUGCACUUGGCCCUGGGCAUCUUCUCCUUCACGCUUGACACCUGGAGCACGUCUCGAGGGGACACGGCCGAGAUUCUCGGGAGCGGGGCCGGAGUCGCCUGUGGAUCUCACGUUAGUUACACCUUAGGGCUAAUAUUAGAACCUGCUCUAGAUACGUUACCUUUAGCCCGGCCCCCGGUUACCUUGACCCUGGUUGGAAAAGCCAUAUUGCGGACUUUCGUAGGGAUGGCAUUUGUGGUAAUACUCAGAGAUAUAAUGAAAAAGAUCACCAUUCCUUUAGCCUGCAGAAUCUUCAAUAUACCAUGUGAUGAUAUUCGCAAAGCAAGACAGCACAUGGAAGUUGAACUGCCUUACCGGUACAUCACCUACGGAAUGGUUGGUUUCUCUAUCACAUUUUUGAUUCCUUACAUGUUUUCCUUCAUUGGUAUCUCUUGAUGGGAAGAAACACAUAUUGUUUAUAAUAAGAAAAAGAAGGUAUUUGUUACUGACCUAAAAGUAUAUUCUAGGUAAAAGCCAAAUCGGUGUUAGGCUUUUUGCAGGAAUUUAACUUAAUUAUUUAAGUAAAUUCAUGAGAGUCCGUGCACUUUUAUCAUUGCACAUCCAAGAUACAUUGUUCAAGCGAGCUGAGCUGUUUCAAUACCAAGAGAAUGAUCAGUGUCCAUUAGAAUGUGCACGUGAGAUUUGGAGAGUUUCCUGCUGUUAUGAUGUCAAAUUAUAUAUAAUAGAUAUUAAGGUAUAUAAUAUGAACUUAUAUAUCUAAUAUGUGUUAUAUAUAAAGUAACAUACCUGAGGUUGUUUUCUGACUUGGGAGGGCUGUAUCAUAAAAUUGAUAAUAAUAUGCAAACAAUUGUGCCUGUGUAUUGGGACCUGGUACAGGUAUGUUGUUAUUAACAAAUGUGUUAACAUGCAUUUACACUGGUAGCCAUUUCCUGAUUGAAUUGCAUAAUCCCUAAUCCAGAAUUUUCCCCCCGCCACCCAUCGAGUGACUGCCUGUUUUAACACUGCCAUCCCCUUUCGUUACCCAUGAGGUUGAGUGUGGGAGGCAUUUAUAGUGGACCAAAUUUUUAGAGAAAAUUCAUUUUUGAAGUUCUUCUUUUUUAAAAUUUCUGUACACUGUGUUGAAAGUACUUUUAUUUGCAACUGUUCUGAACAUACGUUCGAUAAUUCAGGUACUGAGUUUUCUUGCUUGUUCAUCGUGCCUUUCUGUUGCCGAUUUAAGAAAUGCCAUGUAUACUGUGAUACAAAAGUUGCUAAUGUUAAGUUACAUGUAAUCAGGCAAAUUCUUUUAAACUGUGUGUCAAGCUAACAGGGAUAGAAGCAAACUGCCCUUAACUUUUUAAACCUUUAUUUAGAAAGGAAUGUGGAAUGGGCUUAACUUUCUCAAUAAUUUAUUGGAAAGCUAAAUGGAUAAAUAUUUCCAUUUUUGUAAGUAUUUUUCUGUGCAUUGUAAGUUAUUGAAACAAGAUGUAUUUUUUGCACCUUGUCUUGAUUGUUUAUACUGCAGGUAGAUGUUUCCAGGGAGUGGAAAGGUAGAGGAAAUUUACAGGUGGGCAAUGCACACACUUCACAUGUAAACAGACCAUUUCUCUAAAUUAUUUUGAAAGGAUUUAAUUUCUCGUUAACCCAAUUAUUAGCCACUUAAGAUAAAUGAUAAAAUCUAAAAUAACCUCUCAGUAUUUUAGAUCUUACUAUUUUCCCCAGUUUUUUUAUUUUCACAACGGAAACUCUGGGUAUAGUAUAUUCUUUUGUUCUGUCUGUGCCUUUAUAUCUUUCUGUGUGAUUGUAAUUAGGAUAAGGUUAAAUUUAUUGGUAGUAAGUGUUUCAUAACAAAGACAAUUAAUUUUCCACGCAAGUGACCGUCAGGUCUGGGGUGACAGACUUUAGUGCAGUCUCUCUGUGGUUGUACUGAAUUACCACUCAAGAUGUUUCUAUUUUGGACAGCCUAACUAUCUGAGCUCAUAUUUUUAUAAGCCUGAUUGAGAAUUUUGAGGCAUGGUAAUUUUUUUUUUUUUAACUUAAACUGAAUCUGAUCGUUUUAAGUAAACCAAACAAAUUUAGGAUCUUUACCUAAUAGUCGAAAAGAAAAUGAUGCACUUAGGAACAUAUCGGUACGUUGGAAAAUGUGAAGAUUUUCUUUUAAAAAUCUUUGUUUUGGGGAUUAUUUCCCGUAAUUUAAGUCUGUACUAUCCUAUUAAUUUUUAUGUCUGUUUUAGACAAUAUUUGAAGUAUUCUGUUUCUUUGUGUUUGUUACUUUCUGUCCCACGACAGUUCUCUGCUAAGUGUAUUUUAAAAUAAAAUCUAAAUUCAA